AUAAUGCCCCCCAGUGGGCGACAUCGUUGCCCGUUCUCAAUUCUCUCAUUCUCAAACUCUCUCAAGGUGCUUCGCUCUCUGGGUUUGACAAUGCUUUCUGUACCAUGGCAAACCAUGGCAAUAGCUGUAGCUUUGCUUCAGCUAUAUUUUCUAACUGAAGCAGAAUCUUCUCCCUCUGAGGUUGAUAGAAUUGUACAGUUACCGGGUCAACCCCAAGUCGGGUUCCAGCAGUAUUCGGGUUAUGUGACCGUUGAUGAUAAAAAACAGAAAGCUUUGUUUUACUACUUUGCUGAAGCAGAAGUGGAUCCUGCUUCCAAGCCGCUUGUUCUCUGGCUAAAUGGAGGGCCUGGUUGUUCUUCUUUGGGAGUUGGGGCAUUUUCUGAAAAUGGGCCCUUUAGGCCUAGUGGGGAGGUACUGGUGAGGAACCAAUAUAGCUGGAAUAGAGAAGCAAACAUGUUGUAUUUGGAGUCACCAAUUGGAGUUGGGUUCUCUUAUGCGACUGAUACCUCCUCUUAUGAGGCUGUAAAUGACAAGAUCACAGCCAGGGACAAUCUGGUGUUUUUGCAAAAAUGGUACGAGAGAUUCCCACUAUAUAGGAACAGAAGUUUGUUCAUUACAGGGGAAAGCUAUGCAGGUCAUUAUGUUCCUCAACUAGCAGAACUCAUGCUUCAAUUCAACAAGGAGAAAUUAUUCAAUUUGAAAGGCAUUGCUAUGGGUAAUCCAGUUUUAGAAUUCGCCACGGACUUAAAUUCAAGGGCUGAGUUCUUCUGGUCCCAUGGAUUGAUAUCAGACUCCACAUAUAAAUUGUUCACUUCUGUUUGUAACUAUUCGCGAUAUGUGAACGAAUAUUACAGAGGAAAUGUUUCUCCUAUUUGUUCAAGGGUGAUGAGCCAAGUGAGUAGAGAAACCAGUAGAUUUGUGGACAAGUAUGAUGUUACCCUUGAUGUCUGUAUAUCAUCUGUGUUCUCACAGUCCAAGUACCUUAGUCCCCAGCAAGUUGCCGAGACAAUAGAUGUCUGUGUGGAAGAUGAAACAGUUAAUUAUCUAAACAGGAGAGAUGUGCAGAUGGCUCUUCAUGCACGUCUUGUAGGAGUUCGCCGAUGGGCUGUUUGCAGCACUAUCCUCGAUUAUCAGCUGCUUGACUUGGAGAUACCAACAAUCUCAAUUGUGGGAAAACUCGUUAAGGCAGGAAUCCCAGUCUUGGUUUAUAGUGGAGAUCAAGAUUCUGUCAUCCCUUUGACUGGAAGUCGAAAGUUAGUUCAUGGACUAGCAGAGGAAUUAAGGCUGAAAACCACUGUGCCUUACAGGGUAUGGUUUGAAGGGCAGCAGGUCGGUGGUUGGACUCAAGUUUAUGGUAAUAUUCUUUCAUUUGCCACCAUUAGAGGAGCAUCCCACGAAGCCCCAUUCUCUCAGCCUGAGAGAUCACUUGUGCUGUUCAAAUCAUUUUUACAAGGCCGGCCUCUUCCUGAAGUAUUCUGAUCUACUGAUCAGUUCUUGUAUCAGAUACCAGAUCAAGUUUGUAAGUAGU